AAGAUAAUUUAUAUGGAAACCCAGAUCCAAAUAAUAAAUAUAUGUUAUCUACUUAUUUACCAUAUAUAAAUAGCAACUUUUCAUCCCCAAACUAUUUCUCAAAUGAGGAGGUCAAUAAUAAUCUUACUCUCAUUUUCAUUCAUCCUCUUUGUCUUGGCAGCCAACUCAGCUCCAGAUUCAGUACUCGAUGUCACCCGAAAAAACCUCCGGUCAGGGAUCAGCUACUACAUUAUGCCAGUGGCUAGAGGUGGCGGAAUUGCACUGGGGCCAACCAGUCCAAACAAAACUUGCCCACUUGGAGUUACCCAACUCUCAACCCACUUAAACGGCCUCCCGUUGACUUUCACCCCAGUCAACCCCAAGAAAAGCGUCAUUCGCCUUUCCACUGAUGUUAACAUCAAAUUCUUGGGUCGGACCAGUUGUAACGAGUCAAACGUGUGGAAGCUGAGAUACGAUGAAGUUAUGAAACAAUAUUUUGUUAUGGUGGGUGGUGUAGAAGGAAACCCGGGACGAGAAACAAUUGAUAACUGGUUUAAAAUCGAGAAAACCGAUGACGGUUAUAAACUUGUCUUCUGCCCUACCGUCUGCAACUACUGCAAGGUUAUAUGCAGGGAUGUUAGAAUAUUUUCAGAUGAUAACGGGAUUAGACGUUUGGCACUCAGUGAUGUUCCUUUUUACGUAACCUUUUACCGUUAUUUCGGUUAUUUGUUUUACUAAAUAAAGUGUAACAAAGAAACUUGAUGUUCUGUUCUAUUCAUGCUUAAAUAAAGUUGUUGACAGUUGCAUAAUACUUCCAAUGUUUACAAAUAAU